AUGAUGGCAUUCAAUCGACCCAACCCUCUCUCGACGUUGUCGUUAGAGGAUGAACGAUAUCUCAACCAGCCUCUCAGCCCACAGUCUCGUCCGAUCGAUCUCUUUCCCACCAAAGGGGCUGAGCCACUUCCUGGCCAUUGGUCCUAUGAUAGCACAAUCGACCUGUUCUCAUUAAAUCCCGCUGAUAUGGACUCUGUGUCAUUUGACUUCGCCGACAGCUUGACCAACGCCGACACCAAGGACCUUUUCAUGGAUCCCUUCGGCACCCCGACAGCGAUCAGCGGGUUUACCAUGCCCACAUCCGAAGAUACUGUCUCUCUCUCAUCGGAUCUCGAUAGCGACGACCAGUCAUGGUCUGCUGGUGCUCGACCUUCCAUCGACAUGGCGAUGCUCGACCAAACCCCGACCGAAAAGACUCGCUCAAAACCAACGACACGCCAGUCCACCCAGAGCAAUGCCUCCUCCACCCGCUGGUCGUCGAGCCCUGAAAUCAAGCCCCAAGAGUAUAUUGCCCCUCGUGCCGACAGACGUGCGCAGCCCAACGGCAGCCGCAAAGCUCGCAGCCUGUCUGACGACUCGCACCGCUCGUCAUCCACCAGCCAAGACACCCAGGGCCGCAACGCCGCUAAGCGCGCUGCCCAUAACAUCAUCGAGAAACGCUACCGCACCAAUAUGAAUGCCAAAUUCCUCGCCCUCGAGAAGGCCAUCUCCCCCGCCGCCGUACACAAACAGGCCGGCCGCGCGGGCGCCGGUUCUCUAAAGAAAUCCGAGAUCCUGACCAACGCCCUGACGUACAUUGAGGGAAUUCAGCAAGAAAACCAGGCGAUGCAGAAGGAAUUAGCUCUUCUGAAGCAAAACCUCCUGGGCGCCGGGAUGUGGCGGCCGGGGAAGCACCCUCGCGCAUGA